AUGGCGGGCCCGGUGAUAGAAAUGGUGUAUGAUGCCAAGAGCCUGGCCAUGUGCUUGAAAAUGGGCGACGCGGCCAACCGGCUGCACAUAGGAACCACCAGCUUCAAGAAGCUGCUGCGCCACGUGUACAAGCUGGAGUACUGGCCGGUGCGCCAGGUCCAGUCCGCCUACAAGGCGCUGCGCGCGCUGGCCGCCUGGCUCCCGCAGUGCGCCAAUUUUUUGAAGGAGAACGUCAAGAGCGAGAUAGCGGCGGUGCGCGUGUGGGUGCGGGCUUUGCUGUCCGACCCGCGGCUGUACGAGUCCGAAGGCGUGCCUAAAGAUGUUGUCAGGAUCAUCAAGGCAUGGCACAGGCGCAAGUACAAGCACAAGAUCAACCACCGAGGCGAGGCGGAGGACGAGGCGUCAGACGUUGAGGAGGAGUCGGCCGGGUCCCGGGACCUAGGGCAGGAGGAGGCGGCAGCCGUAGCGGCUUGGGUGAUGGGGUCAGAGGGCCCCGCGGCGCUACUCGAACAGGGCGCGCGAGUUGGGGCGGCGGUGCAUGAGGCGGCUGCCGGCCGGCGGGCGGUUGAGGCGGCGGAGCGGGACGCCACCGAGCCAGCCGGAGUGACGGUGGUUAAGCAGGCGACGGUGAAAACGCAGCGGGUGGUGGUGCAGCGGGAGCACGCGGCGGUGGAGACGGCAGCAGAGGCCCUGCUCGCGCUGGGGAUGGGGGUGGCUGACUCAGCAGCUGCGGCAGACAGUGGCAGCGCUGACAGCUGCAUGACAGAUGCGCCCUGGCCAUAUGCUGAGAGGCGGCCCCGCCCCUGCACGCGAUGA